AUGUUACCCAAACCCAUACUGACCUGCAUUAGCGCCAAACCAGAGAAGGCCAUUAUGCCUUCAUUACGUCAUUACACAGUAAGAACAAACUCAGAAAGCUGGUACCUCAAAACAUCAAAGCUGGCAUUAGCUUUAGCUAUAAUCUGCAGCAAACCCCCCAGUAAAAGUGGGAGAGAGUACACAGAGUACCUGGUUACUGGUCUGUGCAGGAAGGAUGAAAACUGGAGAGCUAAGGCACAGGCACUGGAGGGUGAAGUACUGCGAUUACAACAGGAACUGCUGCUCACAAAGAUCAAGCCCAGAGGCAAACUGGAUACUGGGGACAACUCUCUGGAGAUCCUUCCACAAGACCUUGUGGGCUCUCUAAAUGAUACAACUCAGCUUGAAGGUGAUUCUGGCUGCGACACUUCCAGUGGACAGGGAAACAAUACCAUAAACCUACUGCACAGUCAAGAAUCUGAUGACGUCACCUCACGCCAGACUUCUUCAAAGUCGCUGUGCGGAUCAAGUAACGAGAGCAGUAAGGAGAAGACUAUCCGUCUUCAUACUCAGUUUUUACAGAACCUUCUGGGUCUCAAACAGCUAACGGAACCGGGGUACCUAAGCACAGAUCCUCUGGUGUCUCAGGGGGACGUCUCCGUAGUCACCGAUUCUGUCUCCCAGUUGCUCCACUGUAUGCUCUCCUACUGCACAAAUCCAAAGCUCCUCCUUCCCUCUUCCUCCUUCCUCCUUGAGGCUGCCCAGGUCCUGGCCAGUGUGCUGGAUCACGGUAGCCUGUGCAAGCCAGCCUUCACACAGUGCGUGACCAGAGUGGAAGAGUUCUUCAAAGACCUUGUGAGCCUAAUUCUGAGAAAUAAAGAACUCAAUAGGUUCCAGAUCCAGGAGACCAUGGCAGACUGCCUGAUCCAGCUGGGAGGAUGCAGCUUGUUAAGGGCUUCACUCAUCUCCCUGCUCCUCUCACAAACCAACUGUUUUGCAGAUGAAUUGUGGCAAACAUGUCAGAGUGAGAGGUCAGCUUGUCCACACUUUGAUGUGUCCAGCUAUGAGAAUACAUUUUACCUGUUUUGGAUCUUGGAGCAGCUACUUCAGAGUCAGAAGAAAGAAUACAGAAGUGAACAGCAUUGUGAGCAAAGGGAAUUACAACAGAAACUAGAGCGGACAGCUCUGCUCCUGUCAGAGGAGUUCCCAUUGUUUUCUAUCUACAUGUGGAGAAUAGGAGCCUAUUUUAAAUCUACUGAUGCUGAGGACAGUUGAGCCGUUUAGUAGUUCCUAUACAACUCCUUUAGGAUGUAGUAGCAGCCUUGUUUGUGUUUAAUGUUAAUCAUUUGCCAUAUUUGACCAAGAAAAGAAAAUGUGUAAACCUAUUUUACAUUCAACUUUCAUAUUGUAUAACAAGAUGUUUCUCAAUAUCUACAUAUAAUUCAAGCAAUUUUGUAUUAAACUCCUUUCUGUU